CUAUUUUCUUGUAGUUUUAUUCUACCCAUGUUACCAGAAUACCCAGUGGAUCUGGCCAUUCUAGGAUCCUAUUUUGCCUUGAUUGGUAUUUUGGUGUGGCGCAUUUCUCCUCAAUUGAUUCAAAGUUUCCAACAACCAGGGGUUGCAACGACUUGUUGGCUUGGACGAAUGGGUUUCCUAGGAUUAGCAGGUGCUUCUUUUAUGGCUACAUGGACCUUUAUGUUUGCUUAUUUUGCUCAUAGCUACUUGUUGUGGAAAUCAUAUUAUGGUGUGGUUCAAUCUUUUUCACUCAAUCUCAUGUCUCAAUGGUUACAUGGUGUACAACUCUUUGACGAUGCUUGGCGUACGGUAUGUACUGGCAACUGGGCCUGGCUAUGGAGCAUUCAACUUUGUACUUUUACUGUUUCUGUUUGGACACCUAUUAUUGCUAUUGAAGGUUACCGUCGCCGUGUGCCACAUGUAUGGGCUUAUAUGAUCAUUGGACAAGUAGUUGCUAUUUCAACAUCAUCAGCAUUCUUUUUUGCCGUACUUUUGAUGUGUCAAGAUCAACAACGACAACAACAAUCAUCAUCUGCAUCAUCCACGUUCCCUCCUUGGUUCUUGAUCUUUUUACUUGGAUUGGUCAGUUUUGGUGGAUUAAUCACGGUCGCCCUCACGCCUCAUCUGACAUCUUCCUAUCGAUUUUUACCCAAUUUGCUUGUCAUGCAUGGAUUACUCUUACUGCCUUUGUUGUAUUUGGCAUUCACAUCAUCAUCAUCAAGUACUCGAAUCAAACAGACAGCUGUGUGUCAUCAUCUUAAAUCGUAUGCCAUCAUUGCCAUCUAUUGUUUUGGAGCAUGUGCAAAUACAUAUCUAAUUAUUCAACAAUGGAAACGGACAGUAUACUCUAAUAAUAUGAUCUUGGAUCCUCUAGUAAUCUUGUCUCAUCUUGCAGAUACAUUCUUACAACACCCUGCUCAAUCCAGUAUCAGCUCUGAUGUUGUCUUUGUUUAUCUUAUCUCUAUGACAUGGAUGAUUGUGGACUCUUGGCCUCGCACUUUUACUUUUGUUACCCAUCCUUCCCUUGUGUAUUUCUUAGUAGCAUUGACCCCUUUCUCAUCCCCAUCUAUCACUCUUCCUUUAUAUUUAGCAUUGAAUGAAUAUUGUCAUCAUUUAUCUAUCUCCACUUCUAUCAAAAUAGAAUAAUGAAAUAAAAAAAUUUGACAAAAGUGUCUCUCUCUUUGGUUGUCUCUUAUGACUUUGAUUGGCUUCUCUAUCUCCCUGUUUAUCGUGAUGAUUCCUUUUUUUUUUUAUGGACAGUUACGGUAAUAUUAGUCCUAGUUUUACAUAGUAUAUCAUCUUCACAGGAUCGUUUCCAUAAAAUCGUUGUCACUAAUAGUCUGAAGUCUCAAGCGUAGUCACUGGUUACCAAAUAAGAUAGUACUAAAUCAUCCUUGGAUUUUUGCAACCAAAAAAAAAAAGAUGAUUAUCAUAGUGUUGUCGUUAUAGAGACCUCUCUGUAAAAGUCAUCAUCAUCAUCUUUAACCUCAACAUCAAUAUAUAUAUCAUCACAUCACAACACAUACAAUCAUAAAUUAAGUCAAUAAAAAAGAAUAAGAGAGACAAGUAUAUUGAAAACAAGAGUUUAUUGAG